AUGAACACAACAUCGUCAAAGAGCAAGAAGAAGCAAGAAGAGACUGGAAUAAGGUUUCUUGGGGUGAGAAGGAGGCCUUGGGGAAGAUACGCAGCUGAGAUUAGAGACCCAACUACCAAGGAGCGUCACUGGCUUGGCACUUUUGAUACAGCCGAGGAAGCUGCCUUGGCCUACGAUAGAGCCGCUCGGUCCAUGCGUGGUACUCGUGCCCGAACCAACUUUGUCUACUCAGACAUGCCUCCUUCCUCCUCAGUAACCUCCAUUAUCUCUCCCAACGAUCCUCCUCCUCCUCCACCUCCUCCUGCUACUGCUCCUCCUUGUUCCAAUGAUCCGGUCGAUUACAUGAUGAUGUUUAACCAAUAUUCAUCCACAGACUCGCCAAUGCUGCAGCCUCACUCUGGUCAUCAAGGGGACAGUUACAUGUUUGGUGGCUCUCCUUCUUGUUACUCCAACAGCAGCAGCGAGCUGCCUCCUCUUCCAAGCGACUUGUCCAAUUCUUGUUACAGCCAAUCAUCGUGGGGCGUGGAAGACUACUCCACCGCUACCUAUUUCGAAGGUGAGUACGUCCACAGUCCAAUGUUCAGCAGAAUGCCUCCGGUUUCCGACUCUUUGUCUCAAGGUUUCAACCAUUUCGGCUCCUAA